CAGAGGCUACAGGUGCGGAGGAGCCCGCAUUGAGGAAGCAUCUCUCUAUCUAUAAGUAAUCGAAGUGUCGGCUUCCCGGUUUCUCUGUUUUCUCGCAAUCUUGGAGCUCCCUUUCCAUUCUCUCUUGUAGGAGCUAUUUGUAUCUAUCCCCUCGGUUGAUGGCAUCCCAAGCUAGCCUUCUCCUUCAAAAGCAGCUAAAAGAUCUUUGCAGAAACCCCGUCGACGGGUUCUCCGCCGGUUUAGUAGAUGAAAACAACAUAUUCGAAUGGAGUGUCACGAUAAUUGGACCUCCCGAUACUCUUUAUGAGGGGGGGUUCUUCAAUGCUAUAAUGAGUUUUCCAUCAAAUUACCCAAACAGCCCACCAACAGUGAAAUUCACUUCAGAGAUAUGGCAUCCAAAUGUAUAUCCUGAUGGUCGGGUUUGCAUAUCAAUCCUUCAUCCUCCUGGUGAGGAUCCAAAUGGAUACGAACUUGCAAGUGAGCGCUGGACACCUGUUCAUACGGUUCAUUUGCUAUUUCCUAACUUUGCUGGAUACUGUGGAAAUGGUAGAGAGUAUAGUUUUGAGUAUCAUUUCUAUGCUUUCUAGUCCUAAUGAUGAAUCUCCAGCAAACGUCGAAGCUGCUAAGGAGUGGAGAGACAGGAGAGACGAUUUCAAGAAGAAGGUUAGUCGCUGUGUGAGGAAAUCACAAGAAAUGUUGUGAUUCAUUACUGGCGCCUGAUCCUGCUUAUUGUGAGCCGGAGAAAGCUUAAUGUGUAAUGGAUUGGUUCACCCGUUACCGCGGUUGAUCCGUGUAGAAUGCCAAUGCAAGUUGUCAACAUGCAUCUUUCUUCAGUUCCGUUUUCUUUAUUCUCUACACGGCCACUUGUCAUGACUUGGAAAAAAACAAAUGUAUUAAAAGUGUUUUGGGUGGUGUUUGGGGUGACUAGUUUAUUGGAAGAUUACUUUGUUCAUUUCCAUAACCUUAUUCUUAAACAGAGUUUAGGUGGCACCAAGUUUUGUCUUUUUGCUGGACGUUGUUAUUCUGUGACUUGCCAUCAUUGUCCCCUUUGUGUUCCAUCUCAAACUGUGGUAUGUUGAUAAGGAAAAAAAGCUGUAUAUUUUCCUUUCUUGUA